AUGGAAUCUCGUACUCUCCAUCUUAGUAUUGACUAUGUCGGCAGUAGUGGCAUUAUUCUGAGUCCCGAGCAGAAAGCAGCUCUCCAGACGUCGCUCACAAUUUUACAGAAUGAGAAUAAGUUCAACCGGGUUUACUUUUGGGGGAAAAUACUGGGUGUCAAGAAUGAUUAUUUCGUGGCUCAGGGUGUCUACCGGGAUGAGUUUGCAGGAAGGAAAACAUUUUACAGUACUGACUGCAUGCAAUGGGGACUACUACCGCCAGUAACUGCACAGAUGAAAACAAAUGCCAAACUGGCAAAAGGUCGAUUCACAGGUGACCCUUCUUAUGAGAUAGAACAUAUAGAAGUAAAAAAAACUGGUGACGGGGAUGACGCAACAGAGGAGGAGGAGUUGACAACUAUCAAAGAAGAAGAUAGACUGACUGCAGUGAUUGCUGAGAUUGACAAUGAUGUCAGGAUUGUUCCCCGUGGAGCAUUCGUUCAAGUGCCAACAGCUGAAGUUGUCAAAAAUAGAAGUUUUGAGGGUUUAUUAGUUCAAGAAGCUGCCAAACUGUGCAACUACAUGCAUUUUCGGGAAGCCCAGUGUCUGAAUUUGAAAUCUCUGCUUCAGCGUGCAAAUCUUGACCGGGCCAUUGAUUUCAUGGACAGCAUUGAGGAUGAUAUUCCCCGUGGCUCUUGGUGUAUCCAGUUUGAGAGAGGCAGUGGCUUGCUUACACUCCGUAGCUUUCUGUGGCCAGGGUAUGUGUUUUUCCAUGUUCCCGCUACUAGAGAAUAUGGAUCUGUGUAUUUUGGAACAGGAGAGAAAAAUCUUGACUUGCCAUUUAUGCUUUAG